AUGGAAAUGAAAGCCCAUUUCAUCAAUUCUCUACAUGAUGUCUUGACUUUGCACGGCUUGGGACAAAGAAGCAAAUCUUACCGUGGUACGAAGUACUCAUCAGCACCUGAUGGUGAAUGUUACUUGGGUACUGAUACUGAUAAUGGUACUGAUACUGAUACUGAUAAUGGUACUGAUACUGAUACUGAUAAUGGUACUGAUACUGAUACUGAUAAUGGUACUGAUACUGAUACUGAUAAUGGUACUGAUACUGAUAAUGGUACUGAUGCUGAUACUGAUACUGAUACUGAUGCUGAUUCUGAUUCAUCACCUACCUAG